GAGACAGUGUUGUAAAAGAAACCUGAGACGGAUGAUUUUCCUGAGCUCAUUCGUAACCGGUGGAAGAAACGUUGUCUUGAGAUGAAGAACAGUUGUAGGGUGUUAUAUAUCUGUUCUUCUGCACUAUAAGUGCUACACCCAUUAUUAAUAGCGUUGUUGGCUUAAAAGUGAGAGAUUUACCCUGUCAAUUCAUAUUCGUUAGUGUCUGUGACAGUUGUUUACCACAAGGAAAUCUGAUAAGUGUGGAUAAGCAAAAGAAAAAUAACAGCCCUUUCGACACCCAAAGGAGACAUGGAUGAAACCAAGUGUAGUCCACCUUCAUGCAGAAAUACCCUGUGUUUAUUUGAUGUGGACGGCACCCUCACUCGACCAAGAGAGAAAAUCGACCCUCAGCUGGAUGAGUUCUUCCAGUCUCUAAGGGAGAAAGUGAAGAUAGGCAUUGUGGGGGGGUCGGACUACUGUAAGAUUGCUGAGCAGCUUGGAGAGGGAAAUGAAGUGAUAGAAAAGUUUGACUAUGUGUUUGCGGAGAACGGGACGGUGCAGUACAAGGAUGGGAAGCUGCUCUCCAAACAGGCCAUUCAAAACCAGAUAGGAGAGGAGCUUCUUCAGGAUCUCAUCAACUUCUGUCUCAGCUACAUGGGCCUUAUCAAGUUACCAAAGAAAAGGGGCACCUUUAUUGAAUUCCGCAAUGGAAUGUUGAACAUCUCCCCGAUUGGACGAAGCUGCACGCUGGAGGAGCGUAUAGAGUUCUCUGAAAUCGACAAGAGAGAGAAGAUCCGGGAGAAGUUUGUGGCGGCGCUGCAGGAGCAGUUUGCCGGGAAGGGACUCCGGUUCACUCGAGGUGGUCUCAUCAGUUUUGACGUGUUCCCUGAGGGCUGGGAUAAAAGGCUGUGUCUUGACGUGCUGGAGAGGGAGGGCCUGGAAGCUAUCUACUUCUUUGGCAACGAGACAUCCUCUGGAGGUAACGACUAUGAGAUAUUUAACGACCCUCGGACGAUCGGCUUCACCGUGUACUCCCCGGAGGACACAGCCAGACUCUGUCGAGAGAUUUUCUUCAACGCUCCUCCCAACGAGUCAUGAUGCCUCCACAGCCACUCCACUGCCCCUGCUGUACUCCCCAUGCUCCCCCCUGUGGCCAGGGCCGGUGCUACAGAGAAGAUGGGCGCAGCAGAUGACAGAGGGAGAGGGCUGCGCACCAAGCUGUCUCAGAACACUACUGAUUUUACUAUUAUACGAUUUUACUAUCUUGAUCUUGAACGUGAUUUUUUCUGAUGCUGAUUUCAACAAGCACUGGGUUCGUCACUGAAGGGAAUCGCAGUGAUUGGCUGGAAUCCAUGGAAAUUACAAUGUGAUUUGGAUAAAACCAGUGUAAUCACAUUGAUUUUAUAAAGCAGUGAUUAACGGGGCCAACACAAGAAAAUAUUUCUCUCACAUCUUGAUUAACCUGAUAUGUUUUAUCUGUCAAACAAAUUGCACCAUUUAUACCAUUGCGCAUUAUUUGUACAUAUCAUUAUGAAUUACAUAUUUUAGUACCUAAAUGGUAUUGUGGCCUAAAAUGACUCGCCAGAUGGUUUGUUACACAUAACCAUCAGGGAAGUCAUCCAUGGAAACUGGAAAACUAUAAAUACUUGGCAGGCGAUUAGAUGACCCAUUUGUCUUUCAUCGACAUGGUCUAUCAUGGGCUAACUUCAACCACGCCUGUAGCUGCCAGUAGUUCCUCAUAGUUCGCUGAUUGGUCCGAACCACUAUGGUUUGGGUACAAACAAAUCUCACAAAUCCAGUUGUCUCAAAAGGUUAUUGUGACUGUCUUUCAAAUUAAAACAUCCUUGUUGUAUGUUCAUGUGAAGACUUAAACACAUUAUAAGUAUAUGGUUGUGUAAC